CCCCGAGGAGGACAAGCUUACCUGAAGAACCGCCACAUCGCCUGGCUUUACCUACAAUUUACCCCCUUUUUUAUCCCUUUAUCCUUGACAAACUUGGGUUUUUUUGUCCUCAAAAUGACGGACACUCUUUUACCGAACGGCAUCAACGACAGUGGAGGAGAAAACUACUUCAAAAAGGGUUGCAACCCGUUCGCACAGACUGGCCGCAGCAAACUGCAGAAUAAGCGAGCCACUCUGAACCAGCAGAUCAUCAGGCAGAUGAGGAUGAGGGCCGGAGCGGAGAAUCUGCUGAAGGCUACGUCCAACAACAAAGUUAAAGAAAUGGUCCUGUUGGAGCUGAGCUACGUUAACUCCAACCUGCAGCUCCUGAUGGGACAACUGGAGGGACUCAACAGCUCGGUGGAGGUUUACCAGAGCACUCAUGAAAUGGCCAACAUUCCCCUGAUCGCUCUGGGCCUAAAGGAGACAAAAGAGGUGGACUUCUCUGCUCCAUUCAAGGACCUCAUCAUGGAGCAUUACAGCGAAGACGGCAACAGCUUUGAGGAGGAGAUUGCCGACAUGAUGGACCUGCGACAGGCGUGCAGAACGCCGAGCCGGAGCGAGACCGGGGUGGAGCUGCUGGAAAAAUACUACGGCCACCUUCCUCUGAUAGAGAGCAGGUUCUUCUCUCCGACCCGCCAGACCGGCAUCUUCUUCACCUGGUACGACUCCUUCACCGGCGUGCCGGUGUGCCAGCAGAACCUGUCCCUGGAGAAGGCCAGCGUGCUCUUCAACAUGGCGGCCCUGUACUCCCAGAUCGGCACCCGCAGCAACCGGCAGACGGUGGUGGGGCUGCAGGAAGCCAUCUCCUCCUUCCAGAACGCUGCAGGUAUCCUGAACCAGCUCAAGGAGACGUUCACCCACACGCCCAGCUACGACAUGAGCCCCGCCAUGCUCAGCAUGCUGAUCCGGCUGAUGAUCGCUCAGGCGCAGGAGUGUUUGUUCGAGAAGAUCGCCCUGCCGGGGAUCCUCAACAAGUUCCACUCGCUGAUGAAAAUGGCCCAGGAGGCUUCCAAGGUCUCAGAGAUUUAUGACAACGUGCACCAGUCCAUGAUCCAGAUGCCGAUCAGAGACAACGUUCCUUUGUUCUGGUCCACCAUGGCCCAGGUGAAGACCAACCACUACCGCUCCAUGGCCCACUACUUCGUGGCCUCGGCGCUGCUCGACCAUGAGCUGGGUCCCAGGGACGACGAGGACCAGCAGGAGAAGACGUUAUCGCAGGCGUACGAUCAUCUCCCUGAAGGCUGUUCGGCUCUGGAUAUCCUGAAGAAGAAGCACGAACGCGAUCGCAUCGGUAAAGCUCACAUCCGCCGGGCCAUCAUGGGCCACGAGGAGGCUCUGAGGAUCUCCGGCCUCUGCCACCACGUCAGCAGGCUGGAGGUUCUGGAGGACAUCCUAAAGGCCAGCCACGAGCGCUCGCUGCACAAGUUCAGUGAGAUGGAGAACGAGGAGGAGUUCACCGACUACCUGGAGGCCCCGGACAUCAUCUCUAAAACAGAGCUGAAAGCAGAGAUGGAGGUUCCCUCGACCACAAAGGUGAAAGUCGUCGACUUUUUCCAGAGGCUGGGCCCGCUGUCGUUCUUCUCAGCCAAGCAGCGCUGGGCGCCCCCGCGGACCGUCAGACUCUCUCUGGACGACGGGGAUCUGGGCUUCACCCUGAAGGGAGAAUCACCGGUCCAGGUCGUGUCGUUGGACCCGCUGUGUCCGGCUGCUGGUGACGGGCUGAAAGAAGGUGAUUUUAUUGUCGCUGUGGGAGACGUCGACUGCAAAUGGAUGGGUGUGAGUGAGAUGAUGCGACUUCUGAAGGAUGUGGAUGAAGAAGGGAUGGACAUCCAGGUGGUCAGCGUGAUGGAGAACAACUCCUCCAUGCCGACCAAGAGCGCCACCUUCAGUGGAAACCUUCCGAAGACGUACUCCAUGAUCUGUCUGGCCUAUAACGACGAAGACAAACAUCCCAAGUCCCGCAAAGUAACCAAGAAGUCGUCGUUCCUCAGCUGGGGCCUGAAGAACAAGUUGAAGAGCGCCAGCACGCUGAGCCUUCCCACGGCGGACUAUUCUGGCGCCAUGCCCUGGAAUAAACCCUGCCCCACUUUCCCCAGCUCCAGCUCCUACAACAACGACAGCGCCCUCUACUGAGCCCCGCGCGGCUGGAAAACACCACACCACUUUGCUGUACUCAUACUGGACUUGCUGUGGUACAUUUUAAGUGCCCUUUGUUGCGUUUCCACUGGAGAACUUGGCAGCAGUGUAAGUUAGGGAGACGUUAUUGCCAGCUAGUAUAAAAGGUGACAGAUCCUGCAAAUACUGAUCAAAGGGGGAUUAUGCUGCAAUGUGGGCACUUUCUGAACACCAGGCAUUAGGGAAAGAUCAUAUUGUGCCAUGCUAGUAUGUGUACAGCAUAGUACAACUGCAAUAUUUAUACACAGAUAUUAUUGAGAUGGGGUAUUGGAAGUAUUUCCCACAGGAAAUCUCCAAAGUAGUUGGAGCAAAACGGACCAUGGGUCACUUCACUCCAAAAACUCAAAAUCUUAACAAGAAUAUUUGUCUUAUUUCUAGUUAAAAUGUCUCAUUUUUAGUCAAAAAAAUCUCAUUACACUUAAAACAAGACUCAUCACU